AUGACGAAAGUGGAAUUUUUUAUCGGAUACCAAUUCAACAGUCUUUAUUUCGUUUCAGAAUGUUCCAUUCCAGAAGAUGGGGUGCCAGACAUGACCCGUUUGUCACAAUUAAACGAGGACACAGUCAACAGGAAUCUCAAAGUACGAUACGGCAAGGACAGAAUAUAUACAUAUACAGGAACCAUUUUGGUGGCAGUCAAUCCGUACAAAGACAUCGACAUUUAUUCUCAGAAUUAUGUGACCAAAUACCAAGGACAAAAGUUGGGAUAUUUGGAGCCCCAUGUGUUCGCCUUAGCAGAAGCUGCGUACGCUUCUCUUCAAAGCGACAUUCCCGGAAGCGACAACAUGAACCAAAGUUUAGUAAUAAGUGGAGAAAGUGGGGCCGGGAAAACCGAAAAUACACGUUUCAUUCUUCAAUAUCUGUGUUCGGUAACAAGUGGCGUUUCAGCUUGGGUGGAACAGCAAAUAUUGGAAGCCAACACCAUUUUGGAAGCUUUUGGAAAUGCGAAAACUGUUCGAAAUGAUAACUCCAGUCGAUUUGGCAAAUUCAUGCAAGUUUGUUUCGAUUCCCGAUGGAUGAUUGCAGGGUGUAUUGUGCAAGAUUAUUUGUUAGAACAAUCUAGAAUAACCUUUCAAGGUCCUGGUGAAAGAAACUAUCACGUCUUUUAUCAUUUAGUUGAGGGCGCAAAGCACAAUAAAGAGUUCCAAAAUCAGUUACAUUUGAAGGAUGCCGGGUUUUAUAAAUAUUUAAAUCAAUCUAGUUGCGAAAAGAUCGAAGGCGAAUCUAAAAAGUUGGACAGCCUUCGUUUAGCGUUUAACGUCUUGCAGAUUCCUUCUUCUAUGUCUUUUGGAAUAUUUCAAACUCUUUCUGCAAUUCUGUGGCUGGGAAAUUUAGAAUUUCAAGAUAUUGACGGCGAAAAAUGUCAAUUAACUAACGAAGACAAAGAAAUUCUCAGUGUUGUGGCCAGUUUGUUAGGAAUGGACGUAAUAGAUCUCACGCAAGUGGUUCUCAGGAGACAAAUAAACGUAAGAGGAAACAUCACGGAAAUACCAUUGAAAUUACAGGAAGCGAGAGAAAAUAGACACGCAAUGGCGAAAGCUCUGUAUUCUCGAACUUUUGCCUGGCUCAUUAACAAUAUCAACACUUGCACAAAUCCUGGACAGGAUUCCACGCGCUUCCUUGGUGUCCUCGAUAUUUUCGGCUUCGAAAAUUUUGCCGUUAACUCUUUCGAACAACUCUGCAUCAAUUACACCAACGAAAAAUUACACAAAUUUUUUAAUCACUACGUCUUUGCCUUGGAACAAGAAAUUUACGAACAAGAAUUUAUAAAAUUUAGUCACAUAACAUUCACCGAUAAUACAUUAUGCUUGGAAUUGUUAGAAAAACCUCCUAGGUGUAUUUUACGGUUAUUAUCUGAGCAGUGCCAUUUACCAAAGGGUUGUGAUGCUUCAUUUAUUUCAAAUUUACACGGUGAAUUUGAAAAUCACGAACGAUAUGUUAAAGGUGAAGAUAGAAGAAAGUGGGAAACUGAGUUCGGUAUAAGCCACUACGCCGGUUUGGUGACUUACAAUGUUAAGGGUUUUGUAGAUAAGAACAGGGACGUACAACAAGAUGUAUUUUUCGAUGUAAUCUCAAAAAGUAGUAACGAAUUUGUCCAAGAAUUAGCCAAGUAUCAGGAUUUGGGAGGAUCUACAACCUUUAGGACAGUUGCUUCAGGUACUUCAACCGUGUCGAGGGGAACCAGCAAAGGGAAGCCUACAGUAUCAGACACUUUCAGGCAUCAACUACAGGCUUUGGUAGACGUCCUCCAAUCAACCACUCCAUGGUAUGUGAGAUGCAUUAAACCAAACGCUCAUAAACAACCCGAUCAGUACGAUGAUUCCCUGGUACUUGAUCAACUGAAAUAUCUGGGCAUGUUAGACAUUAUUCGUAUCAGAAAAGAUGGUUACCCUAUCCAUAUGGCCUUCACAGAUUUCAUAAAUCGUUACCACUUCCUCUCCAAAGAGCGUAUGCAUACAGAUACAGAUCCUAGAAAUGCUUGCAACAAUCUUCUUGAAUGCUACAACGUACCAAGAAACGAAUGGCAAAUUGGUAUCACGAAAGUCUUCCUCAGAAAUCACGUAUACGAACCCUUAGAAGACCAGAGGAAUAAACUUAUCAAUACCUCGGUGAUAACGAUACAGAAAUGUUACAAGAAGUAUGUCAAAAGGAAAGAGUAUUUGAAGAUAAGAGGAGCAGUGCUGAAGAUACAGCACGCUUAUAAGGGAUGGAAGUUGAGAAUAAAGUUCCUAAGGAUGCGAAGGGCUGCCGUAGUAAUACAGAGUAAUUUGAGAGGUAUGUUUGCCAGAGAAGUAGCCGCAGCUUUAAGGGAAAUGAGGAGGGUCGAAGAAGAAAUGAGGAAACGAGAAAAGGCCGAAAAGGAGAGACUUCAAAAAGAAGCCGAAAUGGCUGAAGAAGAACAGAAAAAACUUGAACUAGAACAAUGCGAACAAGCUGCUCGAAGAGAAAUUGCAGCCCUCACCCAGAUUGCCGAGCAGCUUAAACCACGUCUUGUAGAGCCAACCUCCGAAGCGGUUGAUUUGGACAAUUUAUUUGCCUUCCUGUCUGAAGUUCAGCCCCCUAAAGAACGCAGCAACAUUAUCGACGAAAUAGGGGAGAAAAUGAACGAAUUAGUUGAAGAUUUGGACAUUGAAUUGGAAACUGUCAUCCAACAGGAACUUGAAGGUUUAGCUCAAGAACAACAGCAACGCUCACAGACCCCUCAACCACCUAAACUAGGUCUUCCAACGCUACCUGAACCCACAGAACCUCCGCCUCCCCCACCCGCAACUACUUCUCCACCAACAACCACAACAACAACGACAGAAGUUCAAGUGCAGACUCAACAACCGGAAAAAGGGAUCGACGAACCCAUAUACGAAGCUGUUUUACCAAGGGAUGAAAGUACUUGUGUGUCUCCGCCUCCUUUGCCGGCACCCCCUAAGUUACCUGUUGCUGCAGAUACACCUGUUCAAAGUCCUCCAGUAUCGCGUUGCAGUAGCACAGGGCCGCAGUCUUGGCAGCAGGACCUCGACAGUUUCAAUUCUGAAAAAGAGCAGAGGCGCAAACAUCGGAUAGAGAAGAAAAUACAAGAAUUUAACGAAUCCAAAGAAAAAGAGAAUAAAGUGGAAGAAACGUACCACGACAUGGUUGAAUUUGCUCAAAAUUAUUUCAAUUCCCACGAGCGUAGCCCUGAAGGUACUAUCAUGGCCACGCUUACCAGGAAACGGCAAAUUUCGGAAAUGAUCCCUAAAUACGAAAUGGUCACCUAUUAUAAAGGGAAUAGCAUACCUAAUUCCCAUAUUCAUAUGUACGACCCUGAUAAUGUUAACAUAGCUUGCAGUCUCUUUAGAGAUCUUUGCAAGUAUUCUAGGGGAGAAUUCAAUGCAGAUCGCGAAACAAUGAUAAUUCAAAACAUAAUAAGCAACGCUUUAGAGCGUGAAGAAUUGAGAGAUGAAGUUUUAAUACAAUGCGUUCGUCAAAUAACGAACAAUCCCAACCCCGAAUGGGCGGAAAGAAUUUGGCUGUUGCUCUGCCUUUGUGUUGUUGCGUUUCAACCCUCGAAGCUUCUGCAUCGUUAUUUUAUUUCAUUUUUAAAGAAGAAUUUUGAAAAGGGUGGUCGAGUGACGCAAUUUGUGCAAUGGUGCUUAGAUAACUGCAACAACACGAGGGCCAAAGUCCGAGAAUUUCCACCAUCUUCCGUCGAAAUAGCAGCCAUGAAAAGACUGGGUACCAUAGUUUGUAGAUUUUUCUUUUUGGAUGGUAGAACUAAAGCUAUAGAUGUCCAUCCAACUGACACUGCUGGAGAUGCUGCAAAAAAGCUCGCUGACAGACUAGGUUUACGUACCCUUGAUGGAUGGGCCAUAUACCAGAACCGACCAGAUGGGGAAGAACACGUUAGGUCACACUACUAUCUGUACGACGUUAUAGCCUCUUGGGAACAACAGCAACAAAAUAAAUUCCCUGUGACAAGUUUCUCGACCAUUGGUCGUAGAAGUGGAACCGCGUUAAGUGGGGGAGACAAUAAAUUUAUAUUUAAAAGACGUCUCUUUAAAACCAACAAGGAAUUAAGUCAGGACCCUGUCGAAGUUAAUCUUUUAUAUGCCCAGGCUGUACAUAGUGUAGUUAAGUGUGACGAUUUCCCUGUAACAGAAAAAGUUGCCCUCCAAUUGGCUGGCCUCCAAGCUCAGGUAGCAUUAGGCGAUCCAAAAGACAAUAACAAACCCGAAUAUUACACGGACGUAGAAACCUAUCUUCCGUAUAGGAUCAGUAGGACACGUGGAGAUGACGUCUGGGUACCGAUUCUAGCACAAGCGCACAAGCAAUAUGGCGCUGGUCGAUCCGAAUUGACUGCAAAAGCCCUCUACUUAUCCUGCGUGAUGCAGUAUCCUCUUUAUGGAACAACAAUGUACCCCGUCACUUACAGAGGCUACUGGUCAUAUGGCAAUUCUUUGGUCUUAGGUAUUAACAAUGAAGGAAUAAUGUUCAUAAAGCCUGAUGACAAAUUUGUACUAAACGAAUAUCGUUAUCAAGAAGUGGAAAGCAUACUUAUAGAUCCUAGCGAUAGUUUUAUAACGAUAACUUUCCAAAGGCAUCUGAAUGAAAGCCACCACAAGUGUUUUGUGUUCGAAACGUCGCAGAAGAAUGAAAUUGGAUCUCUUAUAGCCAGCUACUAUCCUUCACUUUCCUGCUGGGUCACCGAAAACGAAUCUAAUAAAAAAGUGAAAGGGAUUACUAACGAAGAUCGUAUUCGUCUGUAUCACAAUUUGGUAAACUGCAGACGGCAAUUGAUUGACCAGGAGGUGCUCAGAAAACCUGCCGAUUCUUCUGGUAACUUUUUAAGGAAUACCUUGAGACGUUUGAGCAAGCACAAACUUGACAAACUGAGACAAGAACACGGCGGAGAUAGCGGAGAAACGUACAAAGGUUUCCAUUACACUUUUUGGGCAUUUAGCAGACAACCUUUGACCCAAACUAUUAGCAGAUUACCUGAACCUGAAGAACAGAUCAUGUUACAAAUAUUCCAAGUUAUUUUAACAUACGCAGGACUGGGACAAAACGGAGAAACGAUUCGUAGGGCAGAAGAUGAGCACGUUUCUCUCUUGCAGAAUAUCUUGGAACGUUGUAUGCGCAAAGAAUCUCUUAUUUGUGAACUUUAUCUCCAACUCAUUAAGCAAACGACUGACCAUCCCGAUCCUAAUUCGCGAGUCAACCUCCGACAUUGGGCAUUGCUUUCUUUGGCUUGUUCUGUUGUGCUGCCACCCAAUAAAGCCAUAAGAAGAUACCUUAUAGCUCAUCUGAAACGUUGUGCAUCCGAUUUUGUAACCGAAGAAGGUAAAUACGCAAGAUUUGCCGAGAAAUGCCUGUACAAGACCCAAGGGACAAGAAGGAGACAAUGGGCCCCAUCAAGAGAAGAGAUAAUUUGUACAAUAAUCAGAAGACCUAUUUAUGCCCGGUUUCAUUUCAUGGAUGGACAGUAUCAUUCUGUUGAAUUCCAUCCUUCAUCGACUGCUCAAGAGGUGCUUGAACUGAUUAAGGAGAAAAUUGGGCUGGGACCAGAUGCCAAAGGAUACGCUAUUUAUGAAGUCCUCGGAAAUACUGAAAGAAGUUUAUCGGCCGAAGAGAAAGUAGCCGAUGUAAUGGCAAAAUGGGAGAGGUACCGUAUAGCAACGGUGGGAAAUAUGAACGGCACUAGUACAACGAAAAGGACAAGGCCCCAAUUCCACUUCUUUUUAUUCAAAAAGCACCUUUUCAUGGAUAAAUUUAUAAAACUGCAGGAUCCUGUUGAAAAGGAACUACUCUACCAUCAAGUUCUUCACGAUUUAAGAUCGGAUCGAUUUCCAGUCACUGACAAGGAAGCGAUGAUGCUUACAGCAUUACAAGCGCAAUUAGAACUUGGAGAUUGCGACAACUUGGCUCCAGACUAUCGACCAAUAGCUUCACACUGCCUACCCGCACGAUUAGUUCCUAGUGUACCACAAGAGGGUGUUAUAAUGCACCAUCAAUCGCUCAGGGGAAUGACACCGUCUGAAGCUAAGCAGGCGUUCUUAAACCUUAUACAGAGCUGGCCACUUCACAAAGCCACAAUCUUUGACGUAAUGCAAUCAUUUACUUCCAAUUGGCCUAGAGUUCUAUGGUUAGCAGUAGACCAAAAGGGUCUUCAUCUACUGGAGCACAGAUCUCGAAAUGCUCUUUGCACUUAUGAUUACGGUAGCAUUCUUAGCUAUUCGCCUGCCCUGAAUUGUCUUAUGAUCAUAACGGGAAGCGACCGAAAGCAGAGCAAAGUUAUUUUAACCACAGCUCAAGCAUUCCAAAUCGCUACCCUUAUCAGAGAAUACAUGGAAGUGUUACAAGAAACAUGUGAAAGUAAACAAGUCCAAACAACCCGAAGUAGACCGACGAGUGCUCUUCAUCAAGCUCCUCCUCUGGUGCCUCCACAGCCCAGCUAGAAGAGGGUUACCUUCGCAGACCAAGUUAAAGGUGCACUAGUUUGAGGGACUAAAACUAAAAAAGUUAAAAUAAUUUGUGGUGUUCGUCUUCUGCAUCUGUUUAAAUGAGGAUGAAUUUAAGGUAAGUGUUGAAAAUUAUUUUUUAAUGAGCCCACAAGUAAGAAUUAAAAAAGCAUUAAUGUUUUAAAAAUAAGUAAAUUUACA